AUGAGCAGCUCGGUUGAACCUAUGGAUCAGGACGAAACUGUGCAGCAGCUACCUAAUGAAUCACGUCGUGGAUCUCGCAGCGGCAAACCCAAGUUAUUUCAAUGCACGGGUUAUGGUGAUUGUCGCAUGGUGUUUACUCGAAGCGAGCAUCUUGCUCGUCAUAUGAGAAAGCACACGGGUGAGAAACCAUUCAAGUGCAUUGUACCUGGUUGCGAGCGCAUGUUUAGUCGCUUUGACAACAUGAUGCAGCAUACUCAAACACAUAAUAAGGGGAAAGCUUCGAGAAGAUCCAAGCAGUCGGUUGGCAAAGGCGGCAAAGGACAGCAACGCCGAUCAAGUGAUCAAUCUUCUUACGUUGACAGUAGCAUGCCUUCACCUCCACCAUCACGACGUAGCUCCAUACAAAAGGAUUUAUACGCUGCAGGCAGAAAUAGAUUUUCGGACGACGAGGAUGACGAUGACUUUGAAGAUGGAGAUAGCGAUGCAAGUUAUCAGCCACCAAGUAAGCGUCAUAAUCCAAAAGAGCAGAGAGACAUGAUGGCGGAAUUGCGACGAUUGAGCCAAGAACAAGCAUAUCAUCAUUACUAUCAACAUCCACCACCUCCACCAUGGUGGUCGAGUAACACAACAGCUCCACCAUCACCAACCGCUGUAUCGACUUCUUCAGCCGAUUCAAUCGGCUCAUAUCAUCAAAGACGUCGUUCUUCGAACCGUGUCACUCCUUCAGUUCAUUUUCAUCCUUAUCCAUCUAAUCGGUAUCAUCCCAACUAUAAUUACAACAAUCAGCUUCCUCGUCGUCAUAGCGAGGACUUUAUGACAGGACGUAUGAUCCUUCCUAGUAUAGCCAGCUAUUUGGUAAAGAAUCCAGAUGAGCCACCAGAGAACUACCUAUUGCAUCAUGAAAAAUCAGCCUCACCCCCUAGCUCGCCUAAAAAAGUUACACGUCGUUUAUCCGUACAAGAUUUAUGCAAUCCUAUUGAAUCACUUGAACCUAGCAACAUGCCAUUGCCAAAACCGGAAGAGCAAAGCGUUGAUCUAACAGAGGAUGAAUUUCAAGCAUUACAAGGUCUCGGACGCUUCAGACUUGUUGCCUUGAGCGAUUCGAAACAAUAA